AUGCAUGCUUAUUUUGUCCCUUACGGUGUUUCCGUAUUAAGUCAAAAGGAAAUUUGUUCAAUUGAACGACGCGUGAAAAAUUCAAUGCGUUCAUCACUCUACGAACAACAAGGAAUUACUGUUGUAUCAACAAAAAAAUCAACAACUUUCAACAAAUUUUUAGAUUCAAUUGAUGAUGAUAGUACUUAUUCACAACAGUCUGCGUGUAGAUCAUCAACAUCCACAUAUGCAACUGAAACAAAACAAUAUCGACGACUAGCUAGCAGCUACAUUUCGGGUGUUGGUGAAGAUAAAAAUGCUCUUUCCUUCUGGGAGCUUAACAAGCAUCAACCACCAUAUUUAACAAUACUAGCAAGAAGCUAUCUUGCUACUCCAGCCACUAGCGUACCGUCGGAGAGCGCAUUUAGUAAAAGCGCUUAUUAUAGACGUAAAGAACGAACAAACAUACACGGUGAUAACCUGUGUCAGUCAGUAUUCUGAAAGGAUAAAUUGAUUACAAAACUACAGUAGCAUAUGUUAGAUGCUA